UCCACUGCAUGCAGACUUACCGAUUUGGAGUUCUCCCAGUAUCGAGCAUAAUAAGCACUGGAAAUGGAGCAUACCGGAAGGAGACAAUAGACGAAUCUCACUCUACACAGAGAAACCAAGAAAAUACAAAAUGGUGGUUCAACGAAAGGCUCGACAGCAAUGGGUGAUACAAUUUGAACUCAUUGUCUUGAUGACAAUGGUUAUGAUCGUGUGGGGUCUUUUCUCCUUGCCUGUGACAUUCUACUAUCUAUCUUCAAGUGAGGUCACGAAGGAAGCAGAAAACUUAACCAUAACACUUCUUCAAAAUGAUUCAGUGAUAUUUUCUAGCAUGAAUGAAUAAUAUGACCAAUGUAUGCCUCAACAAAUACCACGGAGAGCGUUGUAUCGUUUCAUUUCAGUCUCUUACAGUUUGCAGUAGUGGAUUGUUAGACGAAACAAACAUUUUUGUUAGUAACACUGUCACGAAUCCGAUCUCAGUUGAGAAGGAGGUCGGAGAAUUACUGUUUGCACUAGACUUGUACAUAAAACCAAGCGAUGAGUGCAGGAGUGCAGUUACUCUGUUCUUGUGUUUGUACACUUUGGGACUCUGUGGCACAGACAACGAAGACUACCGGCCGACAGCAGCUGAAUGUAUGGAGAUCAGAGACUUCAUCUGUGAAACAGAGUGGAAGAAAGCUGCAGACCUGCUGACAUUGACCGGACGUCCACCUCUACCUGACUGCUCAACUUUUGGUGAUGAGGGACUGGAAUGUGAUUAUGUUUCAGCAAUUGGCAUCAAUAAGACUGCCUGCAAAAUUGAAUGCCACGAGUAUUUUUACUGUGAAAACAAUUUUUGCAAGCCACGCUGUGAUCGAUUCACUGACCAUCCAAUAUCAUACAACAGAGUGUCUGAUGCUCUAAUGAUCACAUCUGCAUGUGUUGGCUUUCUCAGUGGUAUGGGAGUGUUAGCUGUGUUUCUUCUACGACGCAAGUCUUUGAUGAAAUUUCCAACCAUCUUGGUUUUGUAUACAACAGUUACUGUCCUUUAUGUGGAGGUGGUGAUUUUGGUUUCAUUUAUGAAUCAAUUGAGGCUGUUCUGCAGUUCAAUUGACCUUGUGGAGAGUUUUGACAGACCUACAGCCUACUGCAAGUUUACAGGUGUUGUUGAGUCAUACAGCAUCAAUCAAGGGAUUCUCUGGUGGUUUUUCAACAUUUGUGCAAUAUUUUGGAAAGUCCAGUUCCCGUUUCACGCCAGAUACUAUAUGACAAGACCAAUAAAACAAAGUACAUCCACAUAAUAUGUGUCAUCUCGGCCCUCGUACUUCCCAUCAUUUCUCCAGUUGCCAUAUCACUCAAAGGGGGCUUCACAAUCUCCAGGUUUCCACCUGUAGUUUGUGUCGGGAGGGAUGUUGAUGCGAAUUUUUACACCGUCGUGCUACCCACCACUUUUAUAUGUGCACUGGGGACUACUCUCCUCCUCGUUAUAUUUUGAAACAUAAGAAGACACAUGAGUAGUAAGCGCAAGGACUCCAGACGUCCUGCAUUGUUUAGUCCAGCUGAGCGCAAGAUUUUCAUUGUGUUUCUGUAUUACCUCCUUGCGGGAGCACUGAACCUGACCACCUUUUCACUUUACGUCAGGGACAUCGCUUACAACUUCACUGCACUAGCUGACUACUUCAGUUGCCAGCGAUCAGGUCUUAACGAUUCUUGUACCCUUGGUACAAAGAAAUAUCCAUUGUGGGCAUUGUUUUCUUUCAUUGUCAUCUUCUUGUUCCCUGUUGUUAACCUUUACUUUUCUUUGAAAUUGGAUGACUUUAGAGUCCUGUUUAAAUUUUGCAUUCGUUUUGUAAAACGGUGCUCCUCAAAGCCCAGCAGCAAAAGUUUAACCAAAUCAUAAUUAUAAUGUGUUUUGUAUAAAGUAAAAUGCUGGGUUGUUGUAAUGCUAACUUCCGUACUCUCGC